CUGGGAUCUAAACUUAAUAACUUGAACUGUUCCGGUUCAUGUCCAUAACGAACGCAUUACCGAUAUGUCCGAUUCAGCCUGUCUGAGUGAUUUCAAACAUUGUUCUCCGAAUUCAGGGCGAACCAUGUCAUCAGGGAUUAAAGAGGAGUCAACAGAGAAUGGUAAUGAAGACUACGAAGAUGAAUUAAUGGAAGUACCAGAAAAAUAUAUGAAAGACAGGCGUAGGGCCAAAUCGCUGCCCGCAUACCCGGAGCAGGCUACGCUUUUCGAAGAAAUUAAUAACGGACGAAAACGGGUGAAAUUCGCAGACUCAAUGGGCCUUAAUUUGGCAAGCGUGAAGCACUUCAGCACAGCAGAAUACCCACAAAUCCCUUCCAAGGUAAUGUUGAGACUGAAACGUUUCCCUCCUGAACUGCAUGACCGAGAGAAUCAAAUUGAAGACCUGUGCGUAAACUUUAAAUCCACCUUAACCGUGGACCGUCUCAUCCCAACUUUCAAGAUGCCUGUACAGUCUCAUGAUUUUGAAACAAUGUUGCUGCAGUCCCACAUCAACCUGGAGAAGGUGACCAUUACCCAGUUUGACGUACGUGGGCUGAUUAGAACGAAUAAUCAAAAGUUCUACAAGAGUGAAGUCGGUGUGCGGUACACGUUUAACGAAUGGCUCUCCUUCGUCGACGCACCAGCGAUACCUAUGCCAGUGGAGGAGAAUAUUGUUGGUGAGCGUUACACAUUCAUCAUGUACACACCUCCGUUUCUAGACCCAGAUUCCUCGGUGCACUUCGCCGUGUACCUCAGAAAUGACCAGGGCGAGUUUUGGGAUAACAACCGCGGGAGAAACUAUACCUUGAAGUAUCACUGUACAGGUAUGCCGACCUACGAAAGCGCAGCCUUCCAUGCAACCUGAAACGCGAUGUUUCGCGUGUGCAUAAAGUUGGUUUCGGGCAUUCAGUGCAAUUAAUUAAGACGUUAAUCUCCAUCACGUUUAUCAAUAUAUAUAUACAUCAUUUCGUAUUUUUAUCUGACAUCUGGGCCCACAAUUUAUUAUCAAUUUAAACUUAUGAACUCGCGUUAACUUAGGGAGUUGUUAUUUGUUAUUUUCAUCUUAGGAUUGCUGAAUAUUUGAUGAUUUGUAAAACCCCUACCAUUUUUUUAAUAGUGAAAGUAUGCUUCCUGCCAGAUGUUAAAUAUCCUUUCCUAGAAAGACAGCCAAAAAUACUAAAGUUUCCAAUCAUAUUUCUUGGACUGAUUUGCAAAUAGAUCAUACAAUCUAAAAAUGAAGAAAUGAAGAUGUGUGCUAGAAGGAUGGAUGAACACUGCCACUAAGGACACCUGAGACUCAAGGGACCAUAUCAUGACUAUAAAUGGACUGAAGAUUUUAGAGUCAUAAACUACAGUGCAUCUCUUGGAAAAAUGAUCACCUGUUCUACAUCUAUGAUGUCAUUCAAUCAGAAGGAUUGCUGUCCGAUUUUGCAGAGUUGUGAAUUCACAGCCAUUUUGAUGAGCUGUGUUAAUCAGUUUCACUACUGUGAAUGUCAUCUGUGAUAUUAUGAGUUGUAAUGUAGUGCACUGUAAAUAUGAGCAGUAAAAGAAACAAAUGGAGGCUA